CCUUGAUUGCCCAUCGCCUUUGCGUGAUUUGAUACUUGAACACUUUUCUUCUUUGGCAUUGCACAUUUUUUUCAUCCUGUCGCCGAAUUUCCAAUUCCAUCUCGGAGACAGUUUCUAAUUCAUCAUCUCCUUUCCUUCCGAAAAGAGAAACUCCGUCGGCCUUUACUUCUACGACAUAAUAGCGAGCGUUCCGAACGAACAAUCCUGAUUUCACCAUCUACAACAACGUGUACAUUCCUGAAAUAAUCACAAUGGCACCUGCAAACACUCUCCCUGCCUGGUCGGAGCUCAACGCCCACCGUGACAACAUCAGCAAGAGCUUUGUCCUGCGCGAAGCCUUUGCCUCCGACCCUGAGCGCUUCAACCGCUUUAGCCGCACCUUCACUGCUCCCGGCACCUCUUCCGACAUUCUUUUCGACUUCAGCAAGAACUUCCUCACCGAUGAGACUUUGGACUUGCUUGUUAAGCUUGCCGAGGAGGCUGGCGUUGAGCGCAAGCGCGAUGCCAUGUUCCGCGGUGACAAGAUCAACUUCACCGAGAACCGUGCUGUAUAUCACACCGCUCUCCGUAACGUUGGCGGCUGGGAGAUGAAGGUCGAUGGCGAGGAUGUCAUGGGCGGAGCUAACGGCGUCAAUGCCGUUUUGGACCACAUGAAGGAGUUCUCCGAACAGGUCCGCAGCGGCGAGUGGAAGGGUUUCACUGGCAAGAAGCUGACCACCAUCAUCAACAUUGGUAUUGGUGGUUCUGACCUCGGCCCUGUCAUGGUCACUGAGGCUCUCAAGUACUACGGUGCCAAGGACAUGACCCUCCACUUUGUCUCCAACAUUGACGGAACGCACAUUGCUGAAGCUCUCGCCAACUCCGACCCCGAGACCACGCUCUUCUUGAUCGCUUCCAAGACCUUCACCACGGCCGAGACUACCACCAACGCCAACACCGCCAAGACCUGGUUCCUCGAGAAGACUGACAACAAGGGCGAGAUUGCCAAGCACUUUGUUGCCCUUUCCACCAACGAGGAAGAGGUUACCAAGUUCGGCAUUGACAAGAAGAACAUGUUUGGCUUUGAGAGCUGGGUUGGCGGCCGUUACUCUGUCUGGAGUGCCAUUGGCCUCAGCGUUGCCCUGUACAUUGGCUUCGACAACUUUCACAAGUUCCUCAGUGGUGCCCACGCCAUGGACAAGCACUUCCGCGAGACUCCCCUCCGCGAGAACAUUCCCGUCCUUGGUGGCCUGUUGAGCGUCUGGUACUCUGAUUUCUUCCAGGCCCAAACCCACUUGGUUGCCCCCUUUGACCAAUACCUGCACCGAUUCCCCGCCUACCUCCAGCAACUGUCCAUGGAGUCCAACGGCAAGUCUAUUGCCUCUGACGGUUCCUCUGUCAAGUACACCACCGGCCCCAUCCUCUUUGGCGAGCCUUGCACCAACGCCCAGCACUCCUUCUUCCAGCUUGUUCACCAGGGCACCAAGCUGAUUCCUACCGACUUCAUCUUGGCCGCUCAGUCCCACAACCCUGUUUCUAACAACCUCCACCAGAAGAUGUUGGCAUCCAACUUCUUCGCCCAGGCUGAGGCUUUGAUGGUUGGCAAGACUGACGAGCAGGUCCAGGCCGAGGGAACCACUGGCGACCUUGUCCCCCACAAGCGCUUCCUUGGCAACCGCCCUACCACUUCCAUCCUCGUCGGUGGCUCUAUUGGCCCUGCUGAACUCGGUGCUCUCAUCGUUUACUACGAGCACCUCACCUUCACCGAGGGUGCCAUCUGGGACAUCAACAGCUUCGACCAGUGGGGUGUUGAGCUCGGCAAGGUCUUGGCCAAGAAGAUCUUGAAGGAGCUCGACGAGCCUGGAAGCGGCGAGGGCCACGACAACUCUACUGGCAACCUCAUCUCUGCUUUUAAGAAGUUCUCUAAGAUCUAAAAAAAUGACGGGCUUCUAAGAAAUGAGGGUACAUGAAACAAGUUCAGAAAGUAUACGUAUAGUAGUUGAUUAAUGCAAAGUGUUCUUUAUUC